AUGAUUAGAUUGGAAGAAUUUUAUGAUAAUACUUUAUCUGAUAAUUUAAUGAUAUUAAGUUAUAAAGAUCCACGAACAGAAGGGGAAUUUAUUAAAAAAAGAAUUAAACAACAUCCUCCUUUAACAAAAGCUGCACAAGAUGUUGAUAAUCCUUUUAAGAAAAAUCGUCCACCAAUAAAACCUAGAGGUGGUAAAAAAACUCAACCUGUACCCCCUCCUCAAUCACACGAAACUAUUCCUAGGUUAGAUGAAAUAUACAUACAUUGUAUGAUUAAACAAGCUAUACAUAACAAACAACAUUUAUUAAGUGGUCUUAUGGCUUUACAAUGUAUCACUUCCGAAAGACCAAAUGUCGUUUAUUCCAAAACUGGUGUAGCUAAUUGGAAAUUAAGAGCAGGAAUGCCUAUUGGAUGUGUGGUGAACAUUAAAGGUCCUCCGAUGUAUACUUUUGUCGAUAAAUUAGUUGAAAUCGUUCUUCCACGAUUGAAAGAAUGGUAUGGUGUACCAUUAAGUUCGGGUGAUGGAAAUGGAAAUAUUGCUAUGGGAUUUCCUUCUAGCGCAUUAUCUUUAUUUCCAGAGGUUGAAGGAAAUUAUGAUUCAUUUCCUUUGAUGACAGGAUUUGAUGUUAUAUUUAAUACUACUGCUUAUACUGAUCAUGAAGCAAGAGCUUUAUUAAGUGGUUUCCAAAUUCCUUUUAAUGAAAAAAAACGAAAAAGAAGAAAUAUCCGAGUAAUGGAAUAA